AUGUAACAAUCCUACGAUUGUCCAAUUUGUUUAAGUAUUGCUGUGGAUCCUAUACAACUUUCUCAAUGCAAUCAUAUAUUUUGCUCAGCUUGUAUCGUAGAUUUACUAGAUUACAACAAUUAAUCCUACAAGUGUCCAUUAUGCAGAUAACAUUACUAGAAGAAUGAACCCUUAAUUAUCAAUUAAGAACUGGCUAAAAAGAUUAAGGAGAGCAAUCCUGAACUAUAUGUAUAAAGAUAAUAACAGAUUCUUCAAUAAUAAAUGAUGUUACCAAAUCAAAUUAAAGUAAGUGUUUUAUAUGGCAACUUGUAUGAAAAAAUCAACAAUAAUGAUAAAAAUUAACAUCAAUGGACUUUAGUGGUGAAAAUGGAUUAUAAUAAGGAUUCGGAUAGAGUUGCACUUAAGAAUUUCGACAUCAAUAAUAUGAUAGAAUCUGUUACUUACUAAUUACAUGAAACUUUUCAUCCUAAUGUAGUUACAGUUAAAUAAGCUCCAUUUCAAUUAAAAAGACUAGGUUGGGGAACAUUUAUGAUUCCUAUCCUCAUUAAAUUUAAGAAGGAAUACAAUAUUCCUAAUUUGACAGUCGAUCAUUAUCUUAGUUUUUAGGGAAAUGGAUCAAUGCAAAAAUAAAUAACUAAACUAGAUAUAAGUAAUGUUAAAGAGUAUUAAUAAUUAUCAGAAUAACAACAAUAAUAACAAUAAUAAUAAUAACAAUAAUGA